AUGCUUUCUGUGCUACUGAUUGCAACAUUUGUCGGCAAUAGUCUGGCCGCAAUGAGUGAUCUCAACUGCACAUACACGACGAAUGGAGUAGCGAAGUAUUCAGCGAAAGCAUUCAAUUGUGCUAAUAAGUUCGACGACAAGUACUGCGAAGAGCUUUUUGGCGGAAAAGUGGAGCUAGAUGGAGUGGAAGAGAGGAAGGACAGAUGUUUCAAGGAUGGAUAUAAAGCCAAUAGUGAAGAUGUAAAACAAUUCGCCAUAAGCACGUGUCCGCGAACAUGCGGCUACUGUUGUGUCACACCCGCAUUCAACUGUCCAAACAAGAGGUUCCCUCGCAUCAACUGCGAUCUAGUCACGGAGAUGAUGUGUACAAAUACGAUCUGGAAGCCGAUACUCAUUGAUGAUUGCCCCAAUGUUUGUGGAUUCUGCGAACUCGGUUCGUGCGUUGACAAGGUACCAUACUGUGCUAUAAACAGAGCAAUUUGUAGGCACCCGGAUUUGGUGCAGUUUGCCAAGGAGUAUUGCAGAAGAACCUGUGGCUACUGCGACGAGAUCCGUGCAUCCGAUUGUGGCAGCAAUGCGCACUGUCCAAACUGGGUAAGGAAUGGAUUCUGCACUAAUAGAUUCUUCACGACAGAACAAAAAAGGAAGUAUUGUGGCAGAGAGUGUGGCUUAUGCUAAACUCAUCAUAGGAAGGAAU